GAAAAAGUUCCUUUUCAACCCCCGGAUGUAAACCAGUUUGAACUUUGAGACCACCGUACAGCCCUCGGUCAUUGUACUUGUGGACCACCGUUCUGGGUUUCUCGGGAAACUUCUAUGCGGACGGGCUGAAGGAAGUCCCAGCCCAUGUUUGGAAGUGUUUCUCCCUGAGGCUCCACUUCUGCUGCUGCCGCCAGAGAGGAGCUCUCGCUCAGUCUGCCGGACAGCUCAGGGAGUUAGCGCACGUACAGGGCGGGUUUCUCUCCGGUACGGAUCAAUAUAUAUAAGAACUCCUCGGCAUCAUGGCUCAGGCCAAAAUCCAGGCGAAGAUGAACGAAGGUCCGUGCAAAUUCAGCAGGACACUGUCUAUGGCUGACCGCUCCGGACGGCUGCUGGAAAAUUUGGACCAGCUGGAACUGAGGUACAGUAAAAACAGGCCUGACUGAGCAUGUGCUACGGACAGGACAGGACACUUGAGGGGCUGUUCAAGCUUUUGUUAUUGUUUUUUUAAUCUUUUAUUUUAGAUUUUUUAGAGGGUCACGAUUCCUAACUUAAAGAGGAAGAAAAGUGCUAAAGCGAAUGAAUGAUUUAAAGAAAAUUUAAGUGUAAAUAUCACCUUAUCUUAAUCUAGUAAGAAUAUUCCCCAUGAAAACAGAACAUGGAUUUAUACAGAUAUGUAAGGAUUAUUGUCUGUGUUAUUGCAGCCUGCUUCAGUAUCAGCCCGUUACUCCAGUGAAAGGAUGUGGUUGUAAAUGGUGUCUGUGGUCAUGUGUGUUGUCUCACAGGGUGGAGGCUUUACGUGACACAGCACUGGCCAUGGAGCAGGAAAGGGAGUGCAUCCUGGAAAUGAUUCAGUCCAUACAGAACAGUCAAGAAAUGCGAAACAUCUGUGCUGGUGAGGCUACUGACUCCACACUUGCUCAGAAUCAGGGGUGAUCCACCUUGCUAUUAUUCUCUGUUUUGCUUUCAGGCAGCUCUGUUUCACUCUAACAUUGUGAUCCAGUGAGGUUAUGCUUAGAGGAGUACUUUGUGGUUGGGUGGUGUUGCUCAGGAUUCCCCUCAGGGGAUUGAAAAGAGAACAAGGCAACAAGAGAUUUACACCCCACCCAACAAUGAACCACAGAGCAGCUUUUCUCCUGUUUCUCCUGAGCUGAUUUUUGAGCGUAUUCACAAAAAAAGACAGUUUCAUUCCAACAGUGAGUAUAUUCACAGGUUUUAUCAAACGAGAAAAAGUUUUUUUUUCCAUCAAUUCUGUUUAAUUCAACCAACUUUUAAAUUGGGACUGUCAAGAUUGGACCCUAAUUUUCCACUCUGGCCAACCAGGGGCAGAUUUAGAGAGUGGCCAGGGGUGGCUAGGGCCCACCUUGUAUUCUGCCAUCCCAAAAUCCUUAAAGGGAUACUCCAGCGUAAAAUUAAGUAAAAAACACUGAGUUAGUCAACCCCGUCAAGAGAUGAAUGUUGCAGACUGCUUGCUUCUCUAGUUAUACCAACUUUCGUAAUGACCGUAUGAUAGCAAUACAGAGAGCCACACGCUCAACCAAAACGCCACUCUGUAGCCACAAAUAAUGCUCAGAACAGCACCUAACUUCAUCAACAGUACAUAUAGGGUCCCAGCCACAGCGCUAGCCACCAAACAUCUUUUUAGCUUUGCCUGAUUUCUUUAGCAAAGCGACUAAACACAACUACGGAGACCUCCGGGCGAGUCCAUCGACUGCAGUGGGGUGACGCAGCUCAAGGAAGAACAUUUAUGAUCAUUUCUUUAUCAUUUCCUUGAAGUAAUAAUCACCGUAUUAGUCAGUUUGCACUGCAGACGCUGUAGUUCUUCUGCCUUAGCGUCUCGGUCUGAUUGCAUUUCCAUGAAGAAAUGAUCAUAAAUGUUCUUCCUUGAGCUGCGUCACCCCGCUGCAGUCGAUGGACUCGCCCCAAGGUCUCCGUACAAACAAGCGGCUGCUGGAAGAGAGUAGGUGAGUAGUGUUUGCCAAAGAGAUUCGGCAAAGUUAAAAAGAUGUUUGGUGGCUAGUACUAUGUCUGGGACCCUAUAUGUACUGUUGAUGAAGUUAGGUGCUGUUCUGAGCAUUAUUUGUGGCUAUAGAGUGGUGUUUUGGUUGAGCGUGUGGCUCUGUGUAUUGCUAUUGUCCGGUUGUUACUAAAGUUGGUAUAACUAGAGAAGCAAGCGGUCGGCAACAUUCAUCUCUCGAGGGGGUGUCUAACUCGGUGUUAUGGUGCGUUUGACCCUAACUUAAUUUUACGCCGGAAUAUCCCUUUAACUACAGUUGAAUAUUUGCCUGAUCAGAGGUGGGGCUUAUGUCAGAAUAAACUUUUUUUGUUGGCUGAGUAACAACAGGCUGCUUGUAGCUUUCUUUGUGUUCACAUUGGAGUUGUCACAACGUCAGAUUUCACCCUGUGUGGAGGCCGAAAAUUGAAUGAUAAUGAUAUGAUUGGGUUUAUUUAUAGAAAAAACUGGAAGACAAGGGUGGAGAAACAUAUUACCCCAUAACCUCUGAUGACUUAUCAUUCAAAUGACUCGAUCUUGUUUUGGUGUACCCCUUGAUUUCUUAUCUGAAAAAAUACAGCAUUGAUUACUUCUAUAUUCUUUAUUUCUAGGGGAGAGAGAAGAAUUAGAUUUGACUGCGGACCGUCUGAUGGGUCGCGCGUUGUCCGUGGAGAUCUCUGUCGGCACCAUCAGAAACCCCCAGCAGGAGGAGGCGCUGCGUAAAGCCACAACUAUAAUUGACGAAAUGGUGAAGAAGUUACUUGACGACAUGGCGGGCAGCCGAAAACAGCUGAUGGCCCUGCAUGCGGCAUGCGUGAGUGAGGCCCCACCUGUUCCCGUUGAUCAGAAGUUUCAGGCCAUAGUGAUCGGCUGUGCUCUGGAGGACCAGAAGAAGAUCAAGAAGAGGCUGGAGACUCUGCUGAGGAAUAUUGAGAAUGCUGAAAAGAACAUCAAAAUCUUCGAUAAUCAAAAACUGGACAACCCAAAAGCCAACGGGUGUCAGUAAAACAAAAAAAAAAUCUUAAAUACCACUAACCUCACUGAGAAAUUUUCUAACUCUUAAGCUUUUUAAAGGACUUGACAUGUAGAAGGGAAUGAGCCCUGAAUUAAAGGGAGUGCAAGACCAAAAAUACAAGAAGUAAUUCACUAUGAAGGAAUAAACGGAUUUACAGAUUUUUAAUUUUUGUCGUUUACACAAAGCAAGCUCACGUACUGUACCUUCAGCUCAAUGUUUGUUCACAUGGGCGGCACAUAUGUCAGAAAUCGACACAAAGUCACAGUGCAAAGUUGAGGCCACAGUCCAUCUGAACAAUGAUUCCAGUGUUGCAGAGUAUCUCUUUCACUUGUUUCUCACUGUGUAAAUCAACACGUCACUUGGUAAGGAUUUUAAUGUGCACACACACACACACUACCUCUUUGUGUGGAAGCAAAACGAAUCACAUUAAGCUGUGGGUUUUAGUCUGUAUUUGCACAAAACAGUUUUCUAUGUCAAAACAGUGAAUAAAAACACAUUAUCCAAUCAGUGUUCAGAACAGCAGUCUGAGUAUGUCAAGAUAAUCCUAAUGGUUGAAAAUCUAACAGCAGAUUAGCAUGUAUGUUAUUAGGAGGAGGAAGGCUGUAGCGGUUUUCCGGCGAGUGUUGUAUUACCACUGUCGUAUUAUAGGAUUAAACUGUGUUCUAUAUAAUCUGUAAGAGCCGGAAUGAACGCUUGUUUGCAGCCAAACAUCCACUUGCACAAACAUGACGGACAUACAAAAGAAAACAACAUGGAAAGUGUACUAAAACAGUGGUUCUCAACUGGUGGGUCACAGACACGUUCUGGAGGGGUCGCAAACAGCUGGUCAAAAAAGUGAAUAUAUUUAAUGCGCAUCUGAUGUUAUCUUUUGAAAAAUAGCUUAUUUUGAAAAGCACACAUACACGGGCAGCACCCUAGGCUCGGUAGCCAAGGUAACAACUAUUGACUUGAUGAGGAGGUAAGAUGGCAAAGCGAUAGUGUUCUAGGAUUAAGAAUAUUUGAAGCCUUUAAAUUUUAUGAAUUGACUUCAGAGUUUGGUCAACUGAAAUAAGACACUGAAUGCACCAGAAAAAGAGGAGUUUUAUUUCUGUUAGAGUACCGUCAGUUUCCUCUAAAACAUAAGGUGUACAGUGGAGUGGGACACCUCAAAAUGUUAUACAUCUUUAUUUGUUAAAAAAAAAAAAAAAUCCAACAAUGAUUGUUGUUUUUGUCACACUGAAAGCAUUCAUAUGUUGGUUAUUUCCAUUUAAAUGUUUUGUAAAUGGUUUAUGAAGUCAGACAUUAAAACACAGAUUAUUACAA